GCCGCCGCCGCGCAGUGGAAGCGGGGGUCGAACGAGUUCCGGUUCGCGACAACGAACGUCCCCUUGGCGGCGCGUAAAAAUCCGACAGUCGGCCGUGGAACGCGACGAUCCAGCCGGCUAUUACCCGGGGGUAUAAUCGACGAGCCGUGUACCCGUAUCGUAUCGGCGGUGUUCAAGAAUCGUCAGCGAACGCGCCUAUCGAUCGGAUGUUUACUCGUUUCGUAACAGUGAGCGGGCUUCCCUUCGCGAGCACGUCGGAAUCUUGUGUUUUGCGAGUCACUUCGCUGCCGCUGUUCGUGAUAUUUACAAGCAGGAGCGAUCUGUAAAGCGCACGAGUGCACAAAGUUGGAGAGAUUUGCGCCUGACUUGCUGCACGAGGACCCUCGAGAUCGAAAGAGUGAGAGAGAGAGAGACAGUGAAAGAAAGAGGGAGGAGGACCAGAGGGAGCGAGAAAGAGAGAGAGAGAGCCGGAUAGAGACACAGAGACGGAGAUCGAAAGAGAGGGAAAAAGCGAGCAGCCGCUCUUUCUUCGUUGGCCUUCUUUUCAUAGCGGACCAAAUUUUAAUAUAGCCGGCCGGGGACGAGACGUCGCGGGGAAGCGCUCGCGCUUUAUGGAUUCUCUUUCAUCGAGCUGAAACUUCAUUUCGGUGGAAGGAUCCCUGGCCGCAGGAACGCAAUUAAACGAGGCAGUGGGUAAUUCGGAGGUGCUCAGGAGGUCCUAGCAAAGCGGCCGCGGGGCGGGGGGGUGGUCGUGGUGGGGGCCGAGGGGGUGGUGAUGUGGCCGAACAGCCUCGGCGGUACAUCCGGCUGCAGCGGGGGCGCCGGCGCCACCGAUCUCGGGGGCCUCGCCGCCUCCACCACCUCGGCCUCCGAGCUAUUCGGGCCCGCCGCGUUCGGCGCGUCCGCGGCCGGGCCUUACGGGGCCCUCAAGACCAACCCUUACGUGAGCGCCCUCGGCAUGCCGCCCAUAGAGGCCCUGCACUCCACCAUCGGCUACCCCGGUUGCACUCCCGCCGGUGAGUCCUACUACUGUAACCCCAGGAAGCAACGAAGGGAGCGGACGACGUUCACGCGGGCGCAGCUCGACAUUCUCGAGGGACUGUUCGCCAAGACCAAGUACCCGGACAUCUUCAUGCGGGAGGAGGUUGCGAUGAAGAUCAACCUUCCGGAGUCGAGAGUGCAGGUAUGGUUUAAGAACCGUCGCGCCAAGUGCAGGCAGCAGCAGAAGCAGCAGCAGCAACAACAGGACAAAGCGCCGAGGUCGAAGAAACCCUCGGGGAAUCCGACCAACAAUCCACCCUCUGGAAAAAGUCCUUCGAUUGCCACCACGCCCACGCCAGCCGCUGCGGUGCCUGCCACAACACCCCUAAGCGGCGGUACAGGCGGAUCGGCGGCUAGCUCUCCAGCACUUUUAAGGGACUCUCCUCAGUACAAACCACCGGGAAGCGCGACCAGCCUACUUCUAGCGGCUAGCACGACGCCGCCAAGUUUAGGGGGCACGGUGUACAGUAGUAGCGGCGGCAGUAGCAGUAGUAUCUGGAGUCCGGUAGCAGCGGACAACGGUGGCGGAUUUCCAGGUGACCAUCAGAGGUUAGCGUGGACAACAAACUCGACCCAGCAACAGUGCUAUCAAAAUUAUUCCUCCUACUAUACCAACAUGGAAUACUUGUCGCCCGCGUCCCAUCAACUGAACGUUGUGGACGGCGGUGGAAGUGGUUUGGACAAUACAUGGAGCAAAACGAGGGACGAGAGCGCCACGUCUUGGUAUUACAACAGCGGCUGGUCGGGCGAUCGGAAGUGAAUCGCUCGAGUCGGGCGGGACGAAGCAGCGGUACAACAAAGCUAUGGUACAUAUCAUCGACAAUAGUUGACAAGGCGGACUCUGAAAGCGGAAGUCGACGGUACUCGCAGUGAACGCGACGGCGAGCACCGAGCGCCGGUCGCAGCCGAAGACUGUUCUUUCCGGGCGAGACGAAUCGUUGAUUAGAUCGCGACCGCGUCGAGCCAUCGGCGGAUCCUUCACUUAUUUCCUUGCGUUCGAGAAUAGAACCACACCGAGUAGUCGAAUUUUUAUCGAUGUACAUGUAUUUGUUCCUGGGAUAUGAAUAAAGUUGUAUCGUGAAUCGAG